AGCUCUCUUCAGUCGCUGGCCAACCGCAGACAGCAAGGUCUUUAACAUAUCCGGCCUGUCUCCUGGCAUGAUGGAGCUCAUCAUUGAGUUUGCAUACACCGGCUCUGUUGCUGUGACAGAGGACAACGCACAGGACCUAAUGCUGGCAGCUGAUCUGCUCAAUGUGAUGGACGUCGUACAAACCUGCUCCGACUUCAUCUAUGAGCAGCUUUGCCCACAGAACUGCAUUGGCAUCUGGCAGUUCACAAAUACCUGCCUCAGCUCUGAGCUGCGGCACAAGGCCUACCGCUACAUCACAGAUCACUUUGAGGAGGUUCUUCCCCACGAAGAGUUCCUGCAGCUCACUGCACAGGAACUCACUGAACUCCUUGACAGAGAUGACCUCAAUGUGAGAAGGGAGAGUACUGUGUUUGAGGCCAUCAUUCGCUGGAUCACCCACAUACCUGAAGAACGAGAAGGGCACAUCACUGUGCUUUUGUCAAAGGUCCGGCUGGCCCUGAUAAGUGUAGAGUACAUCAGGAUCAAUGUGAUGUCCAAUGAGCUAGUGAGGAACAACACUGAGUGCCUGCAAAAGGUCCAUGAUGCCAUCCAAACCUUGUGUCACGUCCUACCAAACAGCUCCUUCACAUUUCAUCUUGCCCGUCCUCGCCUACCUAAUGCCUUGCUGCUGGCCAUCGGAGGCUGGAGCGGUGGUGAUCCAACCAACGGCAUUGAGGUGUACGAUUUUCGCGCUGACCGCUGGAUCAAUGUGACAAACAACCUGGAGCGUCCUCGUGCCUAUCACGGUGCUGCCUUCCUCAAUGGAUAUGUCUACUGUGUUGGUGGCUUUGACAGGGUGGAGCAUUUCAACAGUGUGCGCAGGUUUGACCUGAGCACACAGACUUGGCAUGAGGUGGCACCCAUGUACUGCCGCCGCUGCUAUGUGAGCGUAACAGUGCUCAACGGGUGCAUCUAUGCCAUGGGAGGCUAUGAUGGACAUGCUCGACUCAGCACCGCAGAGCGCUACAGGCCCGAAACCAACCAGUGGAGUCUUAUUGCACCCAUGCACGAGCAGAGAAGCGAUGCCAGCAGCACAACUCUCCAUGACAAGGUUUACAUUUGUGGUGGUUUCAAUGGGAAUGAGUGUCUGCAAACAGCUGAACACUACGAUCCAAAGACCAACCAGUGGACAAUGAUCACCCCCAUGAACAGCAGGCGCAGUGGAAUUGGAGUCAUUGCAUAUGCAGACCAUGUCUAUGCAGUCGGCGGCUUUGAUGGCAACACCCGUCUGAACAGUGCAGAGGCUUACAACCCCCGGACCAAUACCUGGCAUGGUAUAUCCCCCAUGUUGACCCCCCGCAGCAACUUCGGCCUUGAAGUGAUUGAUGACCGGCUUUUUGUUGUUGGGGGCUUCAACGGCUUCACCACCACCUAUAAUGUGGAGUACUAUGAUGCUACAACAAAUGAGUGGUCUGCGGCUUGGGAGAUGGAGAUCUUCCGCAGUGCCUUGAGCUGCUGCGUGGUGUUUGGACUCCCCAACAUGGCUGAGUAUACUGCCUCUCGUGACAUAUUGCCAUUUGUACACUUUGAGGAUGAGGGGGAGGGGUCAGUCGACUCCAUUCAACACCUGGACUGAUUUUAACACAGUCCUGCCCUGUGCCACCAUCCAUCCUGGCAAGACUGUAACAAAAUAAAAUAAAAUAAAAUUUCUU